UUCCAAAAGUCUCGACUGGAAAAAAAGUCAACAUUGCCCCUCCUCCUCCGCCAAAAAUAAAUUCAGCAUCGCCCAACUUCACGAUCCUUUGCGCUUUCCACGUCGCACCCUCGCGCAACACCACUCUCUGCAUACCGAAAGCUUCAUAAUCUCAACCACAAAAUAACCAAACUGCAAUCAUGGCUACCCCCACCCCAGCAACCUGCCAAUCCCAAUUCGAACAAGGCGUCGCCAUCUCCCUUCACCUCUGGCCCGCGCUCUCCCUCGCCGUCCAAAACAACUGGGGCGGUCCCGACUCCGCCGACAAGCGCGACUGGUUCGCCGGCGCCGUCGUCGACCUCUUUCCCGACCUGAACAAAGUCCUUGCUCCUCAAUCCCAACAAAAACAAGAAACGACGACACAAAAAUCCGGCGACGACCAUGAAGAAGCAACAGAAGAACCCGACCAGCUCGACAUCGAGACCGUCCUCCUGCAAGUGAUGUUGGACGAGUUCGAGGUCAACGUCGACGACGACUCGGCCUUCGAGGUGGCCGAGCAGAUCCUACGCGUGCGCCUGGGCUGCCUGAAGGGCAAGUUUGACGAGGUGGACGCGCUGCGCAGGCGGUUUGAGGGCAAGGGAGGCAAGAACGUGGUGUUCAAGAAGGCGGAGGACCAGGACAACGAUACCGACUGGGACACCGAUGAUGACGAGGAGGCCGACAGUGAUGAGGAGAUGGGCGAGGCGCCCGCGCUGGUUCCCACGCAGCCCAAGGAGAAGGUGGAGCCUGAGGUGGAUGAGGAUGGGUUCACCAAGGUUGUGGGCAAGAAGAGGAGGUAAACUGGGUUUUCAUCCGUCCAAACUUGAAGGUUGAGAAAGGGAGGUGGGAAGGGCUGUGUGACGGGAGGAUGAUUAUAUCCCUGGUUAGCCCCCGUUCACUGGACGAAGAUGAGGGCUGGUCAGGAUAAGAAGCAGAAGGGGGGCAAAUGAGGAAACGUGGGAGCAAUAAGCAACGGCAACUUGCUCUCCCAGGCUCUGCGCAAAGAGAUUUGCAGAAACAGGGUCUCAAUAUUGACGGUCACAACAUGCGGGCUCAUCUCACAUCACUCCGAAACCUUCAACCAU